GGUGUGUGUGGGUGUGUGUGUUUGUGUGUGAACGGAUGAAUGGUGUCUGUGUUAAAGUGUGUAAUGACGUAACCCCCUACAGACAGUCAGAGUGAACUGAACAAAAUACAGUGAAGUGGGAGGACGAGCAGCAGACGACUGAAGACUCAACAAGACAGACAGACAGACAGGACGGUUGAGACAGCUGUCGGUGGAUGCAGAGGACAGACAGAUGCAGCCAUGACGAGCAGAAAAAUGUCGUUUUUUGAAUUGUGGAGGAACAAGAAGGAGCGAGCAGAUCUCCUGAGGAGAGCCAAUCAGCUGAAACUUCAUCCUGCACAGCUGAGGGGGUUGUUCGGUGACAGUGCAGUUCGGGUGGCGCUGCAGAAUACCAGGGUGGCAUCUCUGCUGCCUCCUGUUGGUACGGACGUCUUCAGACGCCUAACACCGGCUUCACUGGGGGACAAACAACGACAAAAUGAAGCUGAGGAGGAGGAGCGACAGACGAGGAAGGAGAACAGACAGGAAGUGGAGAACGACCUGCCCAAACCAGCCAGUGACCUGGAGGCCGGGAAGCCCCUCCCAUUCUUCUACGGAGACCCGCCCGCUGAGCUCCUGAGCAGCCCAUUGGAGGAGCUGGAUCCCUUCUACCAAUCACAGAAGACGUUCAUCGUGCUCGGUAAAGGAAACAUCAUCCACCGGUUUAAUGCUGAGCCAGCCUGUUACCUGCUGAGUCCCUUUAACCCGCUGAGGACCAUCGCCAUCAACAUCCUCAUUCACUCUUUAUUCCGUGUGUUCAUCCUGCUAACGAUUCUGACCAACUGUGCGUUCAUGAUGAUGAGUGAUCCUCCAGCGUGGAGCAAGUCUGUUGAACUCGUGUUCACAGCCAUCUACACGUUUGAAGCCAUCAUAAAGGUUGUUUCCAAAGGCUUCUGUGUCGGAAAAUUCACCUUCCUCAGAGACCCCUGGAACUGGCUGGACAUCAUGGUCAUCAUCACGGGAUAUCUGACAGAGUUUGUCGAUUUCGGAAAACUUUCUGUGCUGAGGACAGUUCCUCGAGUCAUGAAGAUCAUCACAGUCAUCCCAGGUCUGAAGACGACUGUCGGAGAUCUCGUCCAAUCGGUGAAGGGACUUGCUGGUGUCAUUGUUCUGAUGGUGUUUUGCCUCAGCUACUUCGCUCUGAUUGGUCUUCAGCUCUUCAUGGGAAGUCUGAAGAGAAAAUGCGUCAUAGGUUUUCCAACUGAGUUGCAUUAUAAUGAAACUGAGUGGGAUUAUAAUGCAACUCAGUUCCAUUACAACGAGUACAUUACCAACCCUGAGAACUACUACUUCAUGCCUGGACAAAUUGAGGCUCUGCUGUGUGGAAACAGCUCUGAUUCCGGAAUCUGUCCAGAGGGAUUCAUCUGUCUGAAGGCAGGCAAAAACCCAAACUACGGCUUCACCAGCUACGACUCGUUUGGUUGGUCUCUGCUGUCUAUGGUCACACUGAUGAGUCAGGACUUCUGCGAAAACCUGGUGCAGUUGACAUUGCGAGCAGCAGGUAAAGCCUACCUGACCUUCUUCGUGGUCAUCGUCUUCCCCGGCUGUUUCUGCCUCCUCAGCCUCGCUGUGGCGGCGGUUGCCAUGGCGUCUGGCGAGCGGGAGGAGGCUGGCGUUGCCGAGCUCAAAGAGAAAGAAGAAGAGUUUGGUCAGAUCAUGGAAGCGCUAAAGAGGAGAGAGGAAGAGGAGCAGGAAGCCAGCAGGGCGGCGCCGUCAACGGAGAGCAUGAGAGGGUUGGACGAGGACCGGAAGUUGUGUUCUCGGUGUUGGCUUGCCUUUGCCGGCUUCCUCCUGAAGUGGAACUGUUGUGGCUGUUGGCGGUGGCUCAAACAGCAGCUUUAUGCCUUCAUCACAAACCCGUUCUUCGACUUCUGGGUCGUCGUCUGCCUCAUCCUCUACACCCUCUUCAUGGCCAUGGAACACUAUCCUAUGACGCCACAGUUUGAAUCGAUGCUCGUUCACACAGAACUGGCCUUUACAGCAAUCUUCGCGGCUGAGAUGGUCGUCAAACUCGUGGCCAUGGACCCGUACGGAUACUUCCAGGUGGGAUGGAACAUCUUUGACAGUGUCCUUGUCGUAUUAAGUCUGCUGUGUCUGUUUCUCGACGUCUCAGGUCUCAGGUUUCUUAUACUGAUGCGGAUGUUGAGGCUGGCCAGGUGGUGGCCGGCCCUCCAUGUGUUGCUAAAGGUCAUCUGGACCUCGGUGAGGGCUCUGAGGAACCUGACUCUCGUCUUGCUCAUCAUGGUCUUCAUCUUCACCGUGGUCGGCAUGCAGCUGUUCCAGCAGGACUACAAAGACCAUGUCUGUCGGAUCUCCAUGAACUGCCAGCUUCCUCGCUGGCACAUGUGCGACUUCUUCCACGUCUUCCUCAUCAUCAUCAGGGUCCUGUGUGGAGAGUGGAUCGAGACCAUGUGGGACUGCAUGGAGGUCUCAGGUCAGACAACAUGUCUGAUCUUCUUCAUGAUGGUCCUGGUCAUUGGAAACCUGCUGGUCCUGAAUCUGUUCCUGGCCUUGUUGCUGAGCUCGGACAGCAGUGUAAGUCUGGUGGCUCCAGAAGAAAAAGAAACAAACAACUUUCAGAUCGCCAUGAGCCGGAUCAACCGGGCUGUGUGUGCUCUGCUGGGAAAGAAGACCCAUAUGAACCCAGACCCCCCAGAGGUCGACGGUCAGGAGGUCAACAGAAAGCAGUACCUGGCCUUGACCUUGGUAACCACAAACCAACCGAUGUCAGAGGUCAAGGCCCCCGCCGAUGCCGCGAAGACGCCUGAAAAUAAAGAAGAGAAAGAGAAAAAAAAACAUCCUGACGUCCAGCAGCACCAAGAAGACAAACACCAGAGAGGAGACACACCUGACGACUGCUGCAGCGACAAGUGUUACCGUUGCUGUCCGUUCCUGGACAUAGACACGUCCCAGGGUGGAGGGAGGGUCUGGUUUAACUUCAGAAGAGCCUGUUUCUCCAUCGUACAACACAAAUGCUUUGAGACCUUCAUCAUCGUCAUCAUCCUGCUGAGCAGCGUAGCUCUGGUGUUUGAGGAUGUCCACCUGCAGCAGCGUCAGGUCUUAAAGAUGGUUCUGGAGAGAGCAGAUCAGGUGUUCACCUUCGUCUUCCUCAUGGAGAUGCUUCUCAAGUGGAUCGCCUUCGGACUCAAGAAAUACUUCAGCAGCGCCUGGUGCUGGCUCGACUUUCUCAUCUUACACGUGUCUCUGGUGUCUCUGGCAGCGGACUGGUUUGGAUUCUCUGAACUGGGAGUCGUCCGGACUCUGAGAGCUCUGGGGCCCCUGAGGGCCCUGUCUCGCUUCCCUGGCCUGAGGGUGGUGGUCCAGGUUCUAGUCCGGUCCGUCUCGUCCAUGGUUAACGUGCUGCUAGUGUUCCUGUUCGUCUGGUUAGUCUUCAGCGUCAUGGGAGUGAAUCUGUUUGCUGGGAAGUUUUAUUACUGUUUUAAUGACACGUCAGAGGUACUCUUCUCAUCUGAGGACGUGGAAAACAAGAGUAUGUGUCACUCUCUGAUGUACUUGGAAAACGCCAGCGAGGUCCACUGGAAGAACUCAAUCUCAAACUACGACGACGUGCUGAGUGGUUACCUGUCGUUGCUGCACGUGGCGACAUCAAACUGGAUGGACAUCAUGUACGCCGCUGUGGACUCCACACGGGUGGAGUCUCAGCCAGUCUAUGACUCCAACAUCUCCAUGUACUUGUACUUCAUCAGUUUCCUCAUCAUCAGCUCCUUCUUCACCUUCAACCUCUUCAUCAGAGUCAUCAUCGACAACCUGCAGGGAGACAAGUUUGCAGGGAAACCUAUUUUAAUGACAGAGGAGCAGCAGAAAUAUUGCAAGGCUCUGAAGGAACGUGUGAUGAAACCUCAGAAACCUGUUCCACGACCUCAGAAUCGGUUCCAGGCUCGGCUCUUUGACAUGGUGACUAAACGGUCGUUCCUGGUCUUCAUCUUGGUGUUGAUCUGCCUGUACAUGGUGACCCGAAUGAUGGAGACGGACGAUCAGAGAAUGGAGAUGGAAUUUAUUCUGGCCUGGUUCCAUUUCGUCUUCAUCAUCCUCUUCUUCAUCGAGUUCAUCGUGAAGAUCAUCGCUCUCAGACAGCACUACUUCACCAACGGCUGGAACAUCCUCGACUUCGUGGUGAUCAUAGUGGCCAUCUUAGGCAUGUUCUUCGCUGACCUCAUGGAGAAAUACCUGGUCUCGCCCUCUCUCUUCCUUAUGUUACGAGGGCUUCGUAUCGGUUGUAUCUUCUUCUGGUUCAGGGGGAUCCGGAAGCUGCUUUUGGCCUUCAUAAUGUCACUUCCUGCCCUCUUCAACAUCAGCCUCCUCCUCUUCAUCAUCAUGUUCAUCUACUCCAUCUUCGGCAUGUUUCACUUUGCCCACGUGAAGAGAGAACCCCUGAUUGACGACAUAUUCAACUUUGAGACGUUUGGGAACAGCAUGAUCUGUAUGUUUAUGGCCACUGCCUCCACUGGCUGGGGUGGCCUGCAGUAUCCCAUGAUGGACACGCCGCCAGACUGCGACCCCGACUUCGAGAAUUGUGGCAACCCGGCAGCCGCCAUCGCCUUCUUCGUCACGUACAUCAUCCUGUCCUUCCUGUUGGUGCUCCACCUGUUCAUCGCCGUUUUCCUGGAGACCCUUAGAUCAGAGGACGCCGAGCCGCUGAGUGACGACGACCUCCAGAUGUUUUAUGAAACCUGGAGGAAGUUUGACCCCAAGGCCUCGCAGUUCAUACAGUACAGUGAGCUAUCAGAUUUCUGCUUAGCUCUGAAGGACCCUCUGAGGAUUCCUAAACCAAACACCAUCAAACUGAUCAACAUGGACCCGCCUCUACUUCCUGGAGACAAAGUCCACUACACGGACGUCCUUCUUGCACUCUCCACACAGGUGUUGGGUGACUCAGGAAAAAUGAACUCUCUCAAAGCCAGAAUGGAGGAAAUGUUCACAACCAAGGUAUCUUGUGAACCAAUCAGCAGCAGCCUGCAGAGGAAGCCGGAAGAAGUGGCAGUGACGGUGAUCCAGAGAGCGUACAGGAGAUAUGUCCUGAAGCACGGAGACGGCGAAGAGACGGCGGUCCAGUCUGUAGACGGUGACGGUCAGUGAGUUUCUCUUCAUGCUGCUCAGAUGAGAACUUGAGGGACUCUAUCAUCACCUGAGGGACUCUAUAAUCACCUGAGGGACUCUAUAAUCACCUGAGGGACUCUAUAAUCACCUGAGGGACUCUAUCAUCACCUGAGGGACUCUAUAAUCACCUGAGGGACUCUAUCAUCACCUGAGAGACUUUAUCGUCACCUGAGGGACUUUAUCAUCACCUGAGGGACUCUACCAUCACCUGAGAGACUUUAUCGUCACCUGAGGGACUUUAUCAUCACCUGAGGGACUCUAUAAUCACCUGAGGGACUCUAUCAUCACCUGAGGGACUCUAUCGUCACCUGAGAGACUUUAUCGUCACCUGAGGGACUUUAUCAUCACCUGAGGGACUCUAUCAUCACCUGAGGGACUCUAUAAUCACCUGAGGGACUCUAUCAUCACCUGAGGGACUCUAUCGUCACCUGAGUGACUCUAUCAUCACCUGAGUGACUCUAUAAUCACCUGAGAGACUCUAUCAUCACCUGAGGACCGACCUCUCAGAUAAGAGACGACACAACUCCAGUUAAAGUGGGCGGAACACUGACAACUCAACAUGUUAUUUCUGCGUCUUCACUUCCUAACAGAGCUCAGUCUUUGUUCAUAUUCAACUUCAUAAAUAAACUUAAUACGAACCCA